AUGGUUACUGCGGAUCUUAAAGAUGGUUUUUUCCAUGUGCCUGUACAUGUGGAUCAUCAAGAUUAUUUAGGUUUUCAAUUUGACAAAUUGAAUGUGUAUUAUAAAUGGCAAGUUCUACCAUUUGGGCAUUCAUGUAGCCCUUUCUUCUUUGCAAAAACUUUACGUCCAAUUAUUGACUAUUUGCGUUCAUUGAAUAUUCGUGUGGUUGUCUAUGUAGAUGAUUUCAUUGUGCUUGCUCCCAAAGAUCUAAUAGAAAAACAUAAAAACAUUGUUUUGAGUACGCUAGAGUCAUUAGGAUUCACGAUUAACUAUAAAAAAUCAUCACUUGAACCAGCAUUGAAAAAAGUGUACCUCGGGUACAUAAUUGACAAUUCCAAUAAUAGAACAGUUAUCUCUAUCGUCGGAGAACGCAUAAGUAAAUUAAAGCGUUUAAUCAGGAGUACAGUGAAUAAACAAUGUGUACAAGCUAGAACACUUGCUAGAAUAGCAGGACAAUGUGUCAGCAUGUAUAAGUGUAUUUUUCCAGCAAAAUUAUUGCUCAGAAAUAUAUAUCGGCUAUUAAGUACAAAAGUUUCUUGGUCGGACAAGUUAAAGUUGAAUGACCCGUGUAUAAAAGAUUUACAGUGGUGGCUUCAGUCUAUUGACGGUUGGAAUCGUAAGGUUGUAUGUGAGGAACCUAUAGACUUGCAGUUGACCACUGACGCGUCCAAAUUUGGCUGGGGCGGAUGGAUCAACCACUCCCUACAGGCGCAAGGGUUCUGGGACCCCUGGGUCCAGAAACAAAGUUCCAAUUACCGAGAACUGUUAAGUGUAUUAAUGUGUCUAGUGUCUUUCCACAAUCACCUCGGAAACAAACAUGUACAAAUAUUAUCAGACAAUGUCACCACAGUGGCGAUGAUAAAUGGUUUGGGAGGAUCGAACCUAGCAUUAGACAAUCUCACAAGGGCUAUUUACAGGUUUACAAUCCAGAGGGGAAUUUCAAUAUCGGCCAAAUUUUUAGCAGGGAGGAACAACGUCAGAGCCGACAGGCUAUCAAGAUCAACUUACGAGUGGAUGCUUCAUCCCCAAUUGUUUCGUUACUUAGAUCGAGUAUGGGGUCCUCACCACGUAGACAGGUUCGCGUCGAUGAACUCAACGCAACUUCCAAUUUACAAUUCCCAACAUCUCGACCCAUUCACGUCAGGGGUGGAUGCCUUCGCGCAGGACUGGAGCAAUGUCAACAAUUACGUGAACGCCCCAUUCGCGUUACUUCCACGAGUAAUCGAGAAAAUAAAGUGUCAGAAAGCCUCCGCCACUCUUAUUGCACCAAAAUGGACGGCACAACCGUGGUUCCAAGAAAUGAAAAAGUUACUGGUGGCGCCACCUAUCCACCUCCCUCUGUCAAGGCGGACAGUUUUCUCAAAGAAUCGUGCAGAGCCACUAAAAAAUCGCAAAUGGAAUCUGUUCGCGUGGAGAAUAUCUGGGCAACUCGCUUAA